AUGGACACACAAGCAGGAACAUCUCAGAAGGACAUCUAAUGUUAUCCCUGGAUUCUGAAAUAACCGAUAACGACAGUAGACAGGAUUCUCCAGGAGCUAACCCCAUUACCCCAAUUAUACAUCCAGCUCUAUCAGCUGAUCCCUCUGAUACUGGGAAAUGUUCUCCUGAUCACUCUGAUAUUGGUGCAUCUGUUACAGCUCUGACAGUAAAUACAGUGUUUCCCUGUUCUAUAGAUGCCAAAUGUUUUACACAGAACACAAAGCGUAUUACCAAUCAGCCAGCUAAGGCAGGUGAGAGGCCAUUUCCAUGUUCUGAGUGUAGGAAAUGUUUUGCACAGAAAUCAGCUCUUGUUAUACAUCAGAGAAGUCACACAGGUGAGAAGCCAUAUUCCUGUUCUGAGUGUGGGAAAUGUUUUGCACAUAGCUCACAUUUUGUUAUUCAUCAGCAUGCUCACACAGGUGAGAUGCCAUUUUCCUGUUCUGAGUGUGGGAAAUGUUUUCCACGGAAAUCACAUCUUGUUAAUCAUCAGAGAAGUCACACAGGUGAGAAGCCAUAUUCCUGUUCUGAGUGUGGGAAAUGUUUUGCACUGAAAUCAAAUCUUGUCACACAUCAGAGAAGUCACACAGGUGAGAAGCCAUAUUCCUGUUUUGAGUGUAGGAAAUGUUUCACACAUAAAUCAGCUCUUGUUACACAUCAGAGAAGUCAUACAGGUGAGAAGCCGUAUUCCUGUUCUGCGUGUAAGAAAUGUUUUGCACGGAAAUCACAUCUUGUUUUACAUCAGAGAAGUCACACAGGUGAGAAGCCAUAUUCCUGUUCUGAGUGUGGGAAAUGUUUUGCACAGAAAUCAAAUCUUGUCACACAUCAGAGUAGUCACACAGGUGAGAAGACAUAUUCCUGUUUUGAGUGUAGGAAAUGUUUCACACAGAAAUCAGCUCUUGUUAUACAUCAGAGAAGUCACACAGGUGAGAAGCCAUUUUCCUGUUCUGAGUGUGGGAAAUGUUUUGUACGGAAAUUAAAUCUUGUUUUACAUCAGAGAAGUCACGCAGGUGAGAAGCCAUUUUCCUGUUCUGAGUGUGGGAAAUGUUUUGUACGGAAAUCAAAUCUUGUUUUACAUCAGAGAAGUCACACAGGUGAGAAGCCAUUUUACUGUUCUGAGUGUGGGAAAUGUUUUGCACAGAAAUCACAUCUUGUUUUACAUCAGAGAAGUCACACAGGUGAGAAGCCAUAUUCCUGUUCUGAGUGUGGGAAAUGUUUUGCACUGAAAUCAAAUCUUGUCACACAUCAGAGAAGUCACACAGGUGAGAAGCCAUAUUCCUGUUUUGAGUGUAGGAAAUGUUUCACACAUAAAUCAGCUCUUGUUACACAUCAGAGAAGUCAUACAGGUGAGAAGCCGUAUUCCUGUUCUGCGUGUAAGAAAUGUUUUGCACGGAAAUCACAUCUUGUUUUACAUCAGAGAAGUCACACAGGUGAGAAGCCAUAUUCCUGUUCUGAGUGUGGGAAAUGUUUUGCACAGAAAUCAAAUCUUGUCACACAUCAGAGUAGUCACACAGGUGAGAAGACAUAUUCCUGUUUUGAGUGUAGGAAAUGUUUCACACAGAAAUCAGAUCUUGUUAUACAUCAGAGAAGUCACACAGGUGAGAAGCCAUUUUCCUGUUCUGAGUGUGGGAAAUGUUUUGUACGGAAAUUAAAUCUUGUUUUACAUCAGAGAAGUCACGCAGGUGAGAAGCCAUUUUCCUGUUCUGAGUGUGGGAAAUGUUUUGUACGGAAAUCAAAUCUUGUUUUACAUCAGAGAAGUCACACAGGUGAGAAGCCAUUUUACUGUUCUGAGUGUGGGAAAUGUUUUGCACAGAAAUCACAUCUUGUUUUACAUCAGAGAAGUCACACAGGUGAGAAGCCAUUUUCCUGUUCUGAGUGUGGGAAAUGUUUUGCACAGAAAUCACAUCUUGUUUUACAUCAGAGAAGUCACACAGGUGAGAAGCCAUUUUCCUGUUCUGAGUGUGGGAAAUGUUUUGUACGGAAAUCAGAUCUUGUUUUACAUCAGAGAAGUCACACAGGUGAGAAGCCAUUUUCCUGUUCUGAGUGUGGGAAAUGUUUUGUACGGAAAUCAGAUCUUGUCACACAUCAGAGAAGUCACACAGGUGAGAAGCCAUAUUCCUGUUUUGAGUGUAGGAAAUGUUUCACACAGAAAUUAGCUCUUGUUAUACAUCAGAGAAGUCACACAGGUGAGAAGCCAUUUUCCUGUUCUGAGUGUGGGAAAUGUUUUGCACAGAAAUCACAUCUUGUUUUACAUCAGAGAAGUCACACAGGUGAGAAGCCAUUUUCCUGUUCUGAGUGUGGGAAAUGUUUUGUACGGAAAUCAGAUCUUGUUUUACAUCAGAGAAGUCACACAGGUGAGAAGCCAUUUUCCUGUUCUGAGUGUGGGAAAUGUUUUGUACGGAAAUCAGAUCUUGUCACACAUCAGAGAAGUCACACAGAUGAGAAGCCAUAUUCCUGUUUUGAGUGUAGGAAAUGUUUCACACAGAAAUUAGCUCUUGUUAUACAUCAGAGAAGUCACACAGGUGAGAAGCCAUUUUCCUGUUCUGAGUGUGGGAAAUGUUUUGUACGGAAAUCAGAUCUUGUUUUACAUCGGAGAAGUCACACAGGUGAGAAGCCAUUUUCCUGUUCUGAGUGUGGGAAAUGUUUUGUACGGAAAUCAGAUCUUGUCACACAUCAGAGAAGUCACACAGGUGAGAAGCCAUUUUCAUGCUGUGAGAGAAAUAAAUCCGCUCUUGUUGAACAUAUUAGACAUUACCCAAGUACGGAACCAUUUCCAUCUUCUGGAGUAUAAUUAUCACUGUCGUCCAAUGUUCCUCAAGGGUGAAUCCUAUCUCUUAUGCUUUAUAAAAUAUACAUGCUACCACUGGGUGAGAUAAUCAGACGUCAUGGCCUGGUCUACCACUGCUAUGCUGAUUACCUGCUUUUUGCUCCAUGUACUGAGAACCAAAUACCAAUCCUAGCUGAGCGCCAGGGGUGGAUGAUGCCAGUUGGCUGUGACUCAGUCUUUGUGAAACAUAGUAGAAGCUUCCCAACAAAGGACAAGACUACAGCUUUACCAACCAUCUGGAUUUAUGCUUUGGUGUUCAGAAUUGCAAAAUACUGAACAUGUGCUGAAUCUUUGUGUUGUCCUGGUAUGUGGCUGACACAGACAUCAGGUAUCCACCACAUACAAAUCCACAUUCUUCCAUCUGUGGACCAUAGACAGAAUCAAGCACUUCAUUCCCUCAGAAGUUCAUAGACUACUGCAAUGCCAUCUACCUGGGUCACCCAGCAAAAGAAUUACAGAGCUUGCAGCUAGUACAGAAUGCAGCAGCCAAGCUGUUACCUAACCCGCCCGUUCCUGCCACAUAACACCCAUUCUCUACUCCCUUCACCGGCUGCCUGUAAGAUGGAAAAUCUAUUUCAUAAUUGGCUAACUGACCUUCCCAGCACAACAUUACAUGGUCCAAGGUACUAGAAGCAGCUUCUGCGUCCUUACUGCCCUGCUUACUUCUACAUAUGAAGGACUGUUACCAGCAGUACCAAGAAUCUCCUGUCAUUCAUUUAUGGGUUGAACUUUUAGCUUUGCAGUCCUGACCAUGGAACUCACUGCCUUGCACAGUCCAAAAGACCACCACUCUAGAGACCUUCACAAGCAGACUGGUGACUGCUACUCACACUUUUCAUUAAUGUACCUCUAUUUACUUCCUAAAUAAUACAUCCCAAAUGCUUAGGUCUUUUUUCUGCUGUUUAUUUUGUAUCUUGUUCUUUGUGUAAAUGUGAAUGUCUAAUACCAGUUUCCACAAUCUGUAUUGCUGCACGACAAUAUGGCGGCCAUUGGAACGUGUUUUCACUUCUAGUUUGCCUAACUUGUUGCAGACACUCAUCUUGAUAAGGAGUGUUGAGUGUUUUCUGAUACAAGAUCCUAUCCAUAUAUACCCUGUACAUUACCAUGUGCAUUAGAGUCACCCGGGUUCCAUCUGCGGUGGUUUGUUGUAUGUUACAUCUAUAUGGUGCAGAUACUCCCCUGUAUGAUUUCAUAAUAAAAGCUUUUGU